UCGAUAUCUCUCCAUUUCUUUGUUUAUUGCGGGAAUUUUUAUUUUAUUUUGUUGGUCCGGAUCUGCCAUCUGGGACUGGGGCGUUUACUGUUGAUGAAGGAGGCAGUGAAGAGAAUUCUGUAUAGAUAAGAUUGGACAGCAAUAAAAUGGCCCAAUCCAAACCGAAGCUUUUAAGAUACUACAUCAAAGACUCGGUUGUUCCAUUUGAGGAGGAUAUGUAUCACGAAUUUAAAGGUCACAGGAAUUUAGCUGUUGAAGAGUUACCUCCCUGGACUAAAGAAACACUGAAAGAGAAAGCAUCUAGAAAGGCUGUAUCUAGAGCUUUGAAUGGGUUUGUGAACACUGGGAAAGGUGGAACAAUAUACCUCGGCAUUAUAGACUCUGGUGAAGUUCGUGGAUUGACAUUAACCCAAUACCAGAAAGACCAUGUCAUAGGGAGUCUGGAUGACCUGAUGUCUAGAUACACUCCUCCUGUGGCCCCACACAGGUACAAGGUCAAGUUUGUUCCCGUAAUACAGAAGGAGUGUACAGAGGAGGAGAGGUUUCUUCAGUGUGUGCCAGACCCAGGGGAGUAUUAUGAGACUGAGGAAAGAAAACGUCCCCAUCAAUUCCGUACUCAUCUCUACUGCUGGUGUGACAAGGAGUCACUUUCUCAAUACAGUUGUGGUAUCUUAGCCACAGACUAUGUGAUAGAAAUAACCAUAAAACCCUGGGACCCAAUGGACUCUAGAAAUACAGAUGUAUCAUGUGGGACCUUGGUCAGUAUGCACCCAUUCCAUGCAGAUGAGGAAGGGAUGGUGUAUUUUAGAAGACAGGCCAGCCUAGUUCAGUACAGCAUGAUAGAAGUAGCACACCUGACACGACAGGAAACCAAAGAACAGUGCCAUCUAGAGGUGCAAAGACUUGAGAAUGAAAUAAAACAGCUCAAGAAGAAAUUACAGAAGGGAAAGGAAAAGGAGGAUUCCUGAGAAAUGCUUUAUUUCUUCAUCAUUCUGUUACAUUUUACUAAUUCGAAAAUUUCUUUCAUUGUAUUGUUCUCCAUUUUACUUUUUAGAUUUUAAUGGGUUUUUUUUUUUCAUUGGAUUUUCAUUAAAUGUUUGGUAAAUGUUAAAUAUAAAGAUCUGUAAUACCGUUGAGUGUAAAAUUUAUAUUUUUCAAUACACUACACACAGAAAGUGGAAAUAGUGGCGGAUGAAGGAAAAUGAUCAUCCUGUUAGACAUGUGUUGCAUGCAGCUAUUUUUGUAAAGUGUGUUCCUCUCAGACAGAAGAAAAAGUGAUCCCAGUAUCAGUGAAACUCUAAGUUAAGGCAACAUAACUGGCAGAAGCUGGCACCCUUUUCCCUCAGAAAAUUGUACUAAAUCCCCAAAGAAAGGGGGCAUACAGUAGAAACACAGACUUCUUGCAAAAGUAAUUGGAACAGAUCAGGAAAAGGAGGAAAAGCAGCAAAUUAAAGAUCAUAUAACAAGAAAAGUGCAACUAUACUUGCUACUUAAAUGAUCCACUAAGUAAUACAAUAUGGUAUUCCUGUGCUGAAUGGCUCGGAGAGGCAAAAUCUGGCAAGAAGAAUUUGAAGAAAAAGUUAAAUAUUAUACGCUGUAUAUCAUGAUUUUGUAAAAUAAACUUGAUAUUUUUAAUUAUU